GCCGGCGCCCCACUCACUGCGCACACUAAAUUCCUCGCGUCCGCGCCUCCUCAGCUGACGGUGACGUAGGCGACUUCAAGCGUUCCUUGCGCUCCUGAAGUCAUUCUGCUCGUUCCCUUGGAGCCCUCCGCCAUGUCUAAUGCACGAGGGGGCUAUUCUUGCAGCUAAUGAACGUGUAUAAGUAGCGCGCAGCGCUGCUUGACGUCUACUCUUUCGCAGCACCUACACACCGCGGACAUAUAAGACGUGUCGAGCGUCCAGCAUCCCUCGAAUACCCACGAACAUCGACCUUCAAACGACCACACGCCUAACGUCACACACCCAUCAUGAGCAUCUUCGGCUCGACAGACAAGCGCACCGGCCAUGCCGCUGCUGAGCGUGGCCCGCCCGGUGGUGAAUUCCCGCCCGACGGCGACGAGGUGUUGAGCGAGUGGCAGGAGGGGCCGCAUACGGUCAUCGAGCGAAGGGGAGGACCCGGUGAAGAUGUCGACGUCGAAGUCCUGCGGCACACGCACGACGAGGAGUCGGUGCCGGGGAAGGUCAAGCAUGCAGAGGAGAAGGUCGAGCAAGCGAUUCACCGGCACAGUCCGACGCAUCAUAAGGACAAGAGCGGGGAGAAGAGCAGUGGGAAGGCGUAGACGUUGCAAAUUGUUGGGAAGCGGUAGACGAAGGGAUGAUACCCGGGACAUUGUACUUCUAUGGAGGAUAUCGAUGACGGCGGCCAGCAAAUUCGGCUUGAAUCCAAGGUCUGUGGCUUGAACGAGUGAUAUGAAGUUACAUUAGCCCAGGCUGCAAAGCCCAUGACAUCCAAAAGGCUGGCUGCUUAGCAACGGAAGUCGCGCCG